GUUAGGCGCUAGGCGAAAUGAAGAAGGCGGUGUGGGUUCCGGCACCGCGGAAAAGUGGGGUGCGGUCCCGGCAUGGAAAAAGUUCACGGUUCGCUGCCGCGAUUUGAAGAGGGACGGAGAGGUCCAUAGUUAUUCCAGUGUUGAAGAAUUGGGACUACAGCAGCUGACCGCGUGGGCGUUCGACCAAGUCACAACACCACCACCAUGAUGUCGGCGCCAGGUAGAGGGUCAGCCCUGGUGAGGGGCUCUUACCGAGUCUGCACCCAGUGCGCUCGCCCAGCACCCCGGCCUAGGAUAGCGUCGACGAUAACCACAGCCCCUCGGGCUUCCGCCGUCCUUCCUCUAGCCUCCCGCCGCUACUACUCCGCCGAACCGGCCACCGCGCAGACCCCCACUCCCGAAUCAACACCACCCCCUCCCACAAGCACAACACCCACGACGGCCCCCAAACCGGAUCUCUACCGCAUCAAAUCGGGAGUUAUCCUCACGCGGGCGCCGCUCCUGACGCGGGAGCAGACACCGUUCGAGUCGGCCUUCUACUUCUACCAGAAGCGGCUCAACGAGCGGCUAACGGCCCCGUUCCGGCGGCAGUUCUACUUCAAGCAGGACACGGCGGCGGACCUGGACUUCCGCAUCAAGCUGGAGGAGCGCCACGGCGUGCCGGCCAAGGACAUCGGCCGCUACAACCCGCGCGGCCGCAAGGCCUGGAACGACGAGCUGCUGACGGGUAGCUCCACCUCGGACCCGGCCGAGCUCGUCGAGAAGCUGCUCGCCGACGCCGAGGUCCGCGUUAGUGAAGAUGGCGAGCCCAUCGCCCCCGAGGAGCGCGUCCCCGUCGAGCGACCCGUCCCGCGGAGGAGUGAGGCCGAUGAGGCUGGGGAUGUGAAGAGGCUGGAUCGGGCUAUGGAGAGGACGCUGUAUUUGGUUGUGCGCCGGGCGGGGGCCGAGGGGGAGGAGGCCGUGUGGGAGUUCCCGACGGGGCUGGUACCCACCGAGGAGACGCUGCAUGAGACCGCCGCCCGGGUCCUGACCGAAUCCGCCGGCCCCAACAUGAACACGUGGAUCGUCGGCCGCGUGCCCGUCGCCCACCACGUGGUCAAGCCCGUGGUCGGCGACGACGGCACAUCCGUCGUCGAGCGCGGGGAGAAGACCUUCUUCCUCAAGGGCCGCAUCAUGACGGGCCAGGCCGACCUCACCGGCAACAAGCACGGCCUGACCGACUUCAAGUGGCUGACCCGCGAGGAGCUGCAGGAGGUGCUGCCGGAGGAGUACUACCACAGCGUGCGCGGCAUGAUGGAGCUGAGGUAGAGACGGCCGGGGGGGGGGGGGAGAGAAGGCGGUCAGAGUUGACAAGACAUACCAAGCGGGCCGCUUCUCGCUCUGUUUUGUGUAUUGUAAUCUAGAAAUGUACGCUAUGUAUCAAUUGCUCAUUUCUGUCCCCCGCCG